GCUGGAGGCUGCAGACAUUUUUCAUUUAUAGUCAGUUCUAAUUUGUGUGGUUUUUUAAGUGUGUUAAGAUGGCAAGAACCAAACAAACAGCGCGUAAAUCCACCGGAGGAAAAGCGCCCAGGAAGCAACUCGCAACUAAAGCUGCCCGCAAAAGCGCUCCUGCUACUGGGGGCGUGAAGAAGCCUCAUCGUUACAGGCCCGGUACUGUGGCUCUGAGAGAGAUACGUCGCUAUCAGAAAUCCACUGAGCUACUGAUCCGCAAACUACCUUUCCAGCGUCUUGUCAGGGAAAUCGCCCAGGAUUUCAAAACUGAUCUGCGCUUCCAGAGCUCCGCUGUUAUGGCGCUGCAGGAGGCGAGUGAGGCUUACUUGGUCGGUCUCUUCGAAGAUACCAACCUGUGUGCUAUUCACGCCAAGAGGGUUACUAUCAUGCCCAAAGACAUCCAGCUGGCCCGCCGCAUCCGUGGAGAACGCGCUUAAACUCGCUUAAACUUCUUUAAACAACAAAGGCUCUUUUCAGAGCCAAC